UGGUAGGUGGAAAGGGGAGUAAGGAAUCAAAAAGCAGCAGCACCGCUGGUUUCCGUCCAAUUUCGGGGGUUGAAAGGGGGUGACCAGGUAGACAAGACAUGGCCUGUCAGUGACUGACGUGAUGGUGAACGUACAAGGGUUGAAUAGUGAGUUGAUCGAGUUGAAAUCUCGAAAAUAGCCUCGGAAAAGCCGCUCGGAGGAGUCAGUCAGCCAACGAGCGCGGCAGGUUGUCCACCUGAACAAACCGAAAAUGCACCAGACUUACAACUACUACUGCAGCACGUGCCAGUGUUGAUCGGGUGUUGUUGUGGCAGCAGUGGAUGUGGAGGGAUGGGGCGGGGGGAUGCUUUGGUGGGGGGAGAGCGAGAGGCGAAGAGCGUGCCUCACUCUUCAGUUGUCGGCCAGCCGUCGCACGGAUCAGUUACAUUCCGUUUCUGCCGCCUCCACCGCCUCCAAUCACCACGUGGACAGCAGCAUGGCUCACGCGCCGCCCCCCAAACACGACGAGGAGGAUGAUGCCGCCUCCGAGGAGAGGAUUGUGCCGCCCGAUGGUGGCUGGGGGUGGGUGGUUGUCUUCGCUUCUUUCAUGAUUCACAUUAUCACUGACGGAGUGACUUACACAUUUGGCCUUUUCUAUUUAGAGCUUACAAACUAUUUCAAUGCUGGUAAAGGAGAGACAGCUUUGAUUGUUUCAAUACUUGUCGGUGUAACACUAUGUUCAGGUCCAAUAUCAAGUGCAUUAGUGAAUAAGUAUGGAUGCCGUCCAGUUACUAUCGCAGGAGCAAUACUUGGCGGUACUUGUAUGAUGGUUAGCAGAUUCGCCAACAGCAUAUCACUCCUCUACAUCACCAUUGGCCUUGGAACAGGACUGGGAUUCGGUUUGAUCUACCUGCCAGCCAUCGUCAGUGUGACGUGCUACUUUGAGAAGUACCGCUCGCUGGCAACAGGCAUAGCGGUGUGCGGCUCGGGCCUCGGCACAUUUGUGUUUGCCCCAAUCAUCAAAACCCUCAUCAUCGAAUUCGGCUGGAAGGACUCCAUGCUCAUCAUCGGUGCUUCAAUCCUCAUCUGCAUCCUGUUUGGAAUUAUGUUCCGGCCGCUGGAGCCGGUCAGGAAAACGGAUGUACUCCUCAAAGGCGAGGAAAAGUCGACUGAAAUGGUGGAGAUGAGAGCGAAAACUAACGGAGUGGCGGUACCUAAUCUGUCCACGCCCACCGAGAAGACCAAUGGCGAGGCACAGAAGAGACCUCAUAGUAUCCAUUUGUUUCUAAACUCCACCCCUUCCGCACCACCACAGGCUAAUGGGUUCCUCGCGGUGCCAAACUCGAAAACUCCCGAUUCCAGAUUGGCGCUGAGUCAGCCGCAUCUACUGGGCACCAACGAACACUACAAGAAGCACUGGGGCAGUCAGAUGCUCAGACCAACGAGAAGUGGAAUCAUGUACAGAAAGGACAUUCUCUACCAUGGCAGUGUCACGCACCUGCAUCAUAUGGACCGAAAUAGGUCAUACUCGUGGACCCACCUCUACAAGCAAAAUGAUAAGCCAGACAAAUCGCAACGUAAUUCAGUGGUGAUUGCAGAGGAGCCACAAACGGGUUGCUGCAGUGGACUGCCCAGGGAAUCACUGGAUACGGUCAAGGAGAUGUUGGAUUUUUCCCUAUUGAAAGAUCCCAUCUUCAUUCUUUUCACUCUCUCCAACUUCUGUACCAGUAUUGGAUUCUAUGUUCCAUAUAUCUACAUUGUGGCACAAGCUGAAGAGAAAAAAGUUGACAAAAAUAUGGCGAGUAUGAUCCUGGCUGUCAUAGGAAUGGCAAAUACAGUUGGCAGGAUAGUUCUGGGAUAUCUAUCAGAUAAGACAUGGAUAAAUCGAUUGUGGGUUUAUAACACAAGUCUAGCGAUAUGUGGCAUAUCGACCGCCCUGAGUGCCUUCUGUAACACAUUUGUUCAGUUUUCGAUCUACGCGACAGUGUUUGGCUUCACGAUUGGCGCCUACGUUGGUUUAACGUCGGUUAUAUUGGUAGACCUGCUCGGACUGGACCGACUCACCAACGCGUUCGGCCUCCUAUUGCUUUUCCAGGGCAUCGCCUCCUUGGUGGGACCUCCAAUUGCAGGCUGGUUGUACGAUGCGAUGGACUCAUAUGACCCAGGAUUCUAUGUAGCCGGCGUGACCAUAGCAUUUAGUGGCAUCAUGCUCUACAUUAUUCCAUGGCUACAGAGAUACUUGCACGCCAGAAAAGAGCAGAAACGGAAAUCGAAUCCAGAAUCACCCAACUCCCGUGUCAGCAGCUAGUACACGGCCUUUCCAAACUCAUUCUUCACAAUCGACAACAUUUUGAAGUGGAAAAUGCACUUCAAAAUAAUGGACACUUACAAAGCUAAGACUGUUAGGCUUGUUGUUCAGAAACAAACUGUGAUUUAUUAAUUAAGGACAAACUAUUUUAUCUUUAUGUAAAUAUACUCGAGUUUACUUAUUGUUACCUGUAAAAGUAGAGUUUGAUAGAGGUUUCUACUAUUACUGUACAUUCUUGAACUGAUCAAUUAUUGCUACUUGAAAUUCAAACUUAAUACUUCCCGUUAGUUUCUAUAUUUAUGACAAGCUCUCUGCAGUAAUAUAGCCUCAUUCUUCUCACAAUUUACAGGAGUAGGUAAGGGCAUAGAAAACUGGUGUAUAGUUUACUACAAAGUUUAUAACUUAUACAACUUGUUUGAUAUGAUUGUUUGGUGAAAUUGUUUUAUUCUACUGUAGUGGUAAUAAUAUGUUUGCACAGUAAACACAUACAUACUCGUAAAUAGGUUAAUAUUGACCAACAAUGAUCGAGAUUUCAAACUUUUCAAAUCCAUCAAAACAUUACUGUGAACCCGAUAGCCUAAUUAAAUGUGCAGGGAAUGACGUCAGAAACAUACCUAAAAUUAUUAGCCACACGCAAAAAUUAUAAUACAGAAAGUGUAAAUAUAAAGUUCCGGCCCUGGUAUAUCUAUUAAAUUUAACUGUAAUUAACUACCAAUUAAUGAAGUCAUGUUAUUGAUUGGCUCUUGUAGUAUUGGUUCAGUUAGGUGACGUCACUUAACCAAAGUUUAAUUCAAUGGACGUACGAGCGAGAGUAUCCGGUAGUCUGUUUCUAUAAAUUAUUACACUUACAGAUAACAUAACACUCCAGUUAUCAACUAUUUAUACGAAAGUCUAUUUUCUAUAUUGAUAGAUGUCAUUUUAAACCUUCUGUCAACCCUACCCCGUGCCUUUGACUCACCCUACUUUUUCCAGUAUGACUCCAAUACCCAAAUGACCCUCAAAAAUUCAGUUCAUGCCAAAUACAUCUACCGCCUACAACAUUUUUUCUGAACUCUCAGCAUUUCAAACUCCAUAUUUAAAUUUUAAACUUCAUAUUUAAAUUUUAAACUCUAUAUUAAAUUUGACAAAUAAUGUACUAAUCGAAUAGCUGGCUUCCAGUAUUUUAACAUCCAUAUUUUACUUAUCAACGUUUUAAGAAUUUUAGCACACAAUCUCUCAUAUAAUAAAUAUUUUUCAACAUCUAUUAGGUCAGGCUUCCAUUCACCAUAGUUCAUCAAAUUCUUGAUUAUAAAAUAUUUCAUUUAAUAACUGUGACAUUCCUAAAACAUUUCAUCAAAUAAUAGCACCCGCUACCUAAAUACACAAACCUAUAAACAGUACCUACGUAUUAAUAUAUGAAGCACAUGUUUUAUUAUAUAUAUAUAUAUACUCACAACCUGAAAUUAAUUCAUAGUAAGGUGAGAGAAAACCGUAAGAACUGUCUAAAUUGGUUUAAUAUUUUAAACCAAUUGUGGAGUGGUUUAAUAUUCCUAUUAUUGAGGUUCGAAUAAGUCCAGACUUCUGGACUUGGGGGUAAGAAAUCACUGAUUUUCUUAUUGUAUAAACUAUUAUAACACAUUAUAUAUAAAUGAUUGAAUAAAACAGUUCACAAUAAUAUACUAUAGAGUGAGAUACUGACAGAUAUUUUUAUUUAGAAAAAGAUCUAGGAAGAUAUCUGAAUCCUUAAUGAUUUUGGAGAACACAUGAAUCCUUGUCAGUUGGAAAUGCAGUCAAAAUUUAUUUGGCAACCAAAAAUACCGAAAAAAUCAAGCACGGGACCAACAGUUUCAUUCGAUACUAAAGCUGAAAAAGUUCACUACAUUAUCAGUUCGGUAGGUAGCAAAUUACAAAUUGAAAAUCAUGAUUGAAUAAUGUGACCGGUGUGGUCACGAAACCAUGGUCGCGUACCAAAGAAAAUCAUGGUAAUUACCUUCCUGAAUUACACAAAAAAACGUAUGUUAAGAAAAUUCCAUCAUAACUUAAAACAUAAGCGAAUUCAAUAAUUCUAUCAAAACUUGAAUAAUGUUAUUUCUAUAAAAUUUGAUGGAAAGAUGUUCUUCAUUUUUAGUAAAAUUCGAUUUAAGUUUGAUAGGAAGUUAGCAGGUAGCAAGGACUACCAGUUCCAAUUUCGUCUGGCAAAAUGUAAUAUUUUCAUUAAUCUACUUUCUUAUCCAAAAAUGUAAUAUUUUCAUUAAUCUACUUUCUUAUCCAAUCUUCAACAAUUCACAAAUUUUGGUUGAUAGAAUGAUAUACAGAAAUUUAAUUUUUUCUUCACAGUCUAUAACUGUGUUUACCGAAUAAUUGACUAGAUUAGAAGUAUGCCAUACCCUUCUUACUGAAGGGUUGUCAUUCAAGAAUUUAUUUAAUAAUAAUAAUUAAUCUUGGAAUAAUUAUUUAUCAAGAUUGAUAGCCUACUUGAUCAACUAUCAUUAUACAUUUCAAUGAGAAUAUUUCAACUAAAAUAAUUGCAAUGCUAAAACCAGACUACAAUCAUCAGAAACAUGUUAGUUUUGGAGCAAACUGAUCGUAUCUUAAUUUGACCAUUCCGAGACUGUAUUACUGUAUUGAAUCAUGUAGGCUACCGUAUUGUUUUCGCACCGAAAAAAUUCCUAGAUGUGACCAUAUUAAAGAUUUAAAAUAGGAUGAGAUGUGAAAUUUGAUCUUCAAAGACUAGCUAAUUGAAUUAAAAAUGAAAAUGAAAUUUAUUUCAAAAGCCUGAUUAUGAAUGAAAUGGCUUACAUACAAUACUUCAUUAUCCAAUACAUUGGCAAAUGAAGGGCUAUGAAUUCUUAAACUUCAUAUCUGGUACAGCAGGUCAAUUAUAAACUAAUUAUUGUAUAAGAAGGAAAAUCAGACAACAUAACAUCAGAGACUUGAUUCUGCUUUAUGCAAACGUGAGGCAAAACACGAUAAGAAUAAUUUGUACUCUUCGAUAAAACAUGUAAAGAAAUUAGUUAAUUUUGAAAAACGGUAAAUAAUUAGAAAUAUUUUUAUAUGACAGGAUGAAUGGCUACUAAAGUAUUGCUGAAAUUAGAAACGAGUUUUUAUAGAAAUUAGAAAACUUUAUUUGUAAGAAAGUUACAAGUAAAAAUAUUGGUAAUAUGAAAAAAAUUGGUUAAAUCCAAGCAAAUCAAAACUAACUUAGGAUAAGUAAAAUGGAUAUGAUAGAGCAAAAUAUUUAAGAUUAUAUGAACUGAAAAUUUAUUGGUUCAACGUAUUUUAAUUGUACGUAUUCAAGAGUCAUUAAUUCUAAACUUCCAAUCUAUAAGUCCCACUAUUUUAGAGAAACGUGAAAUUUAGAUAUUUAUGUUAUUAUCUACCUAACAUCCUACACUACCAUUUCAACUACAACACUAAAUCAAAGUUUGAAUCGAUUUUAUAACCUGUAUAAAUGGAAGCUGUACUUUUAUAUGAAUGUUUCAUUUGACUUACUAGUAUGAAAGCUAUUGUAGUUAUUAUUGUAACCAGAAAAUUAUAGAAAAUAUUUUCUCAAAAAA